AUUGUCAUAUCGUGGCAUGGUCAAAAUUUCAGUGAAAAUCUAACGAAGAUGAUUUUGAAUCGAGCAUGGCCCCCGGUCUCUCGCUUCGAGAAUCAGAAGAACUCACCCUGUCCUCUCGAGGAUACCGCCUUCUGCAGAAAUUAGGAGAAGGAUCCUACGCCCAGGUAUUUCUAGCCGAAUUCGUCGGCAGCAACACGGCGUCGGACGACAAAGAAAAAACCCCCAAAUUCCUCGCUUGCAAAAUAGUCGACAUAAGCAAAGCCCCCGCGGACUUCGUCAAAAAGUUCCUGCCCAGAGAACUGGACAUACUGGUCAGGAUAAGCCACCCCCACAUAAUACACAUACACAGCAUAUUCCAAAGGAAGCAAAAGUACUUCAUCUUCAUGCGGCACGCCGAAAACGGCGACCUCCUGGAGUACAUACUGAAAAAGGGGCCGAUAUCGGAGGCCCAGAGCCGAGUGUGGUUCCGGCAAGUCACGUUGGCCGUGCAGUACUUGCACGACAUGGACAUCGCCCAUCGCGACCUCAAGUGCGAAAACUGUUUGAUCACCAACAAUUUCAACCUGAAAUUGGCCGAUUUCGGGUUUUCGCGCUUCGUCACCGACUCCCACGGCAGGAAAUUGACGAGCACCACGUACUGCGGUUCGCUGUCGUACGCCGCGCCCGAAGUCCUCAGAGGCAUGCCCUAUUACCCGAAGAACGCCGACGUCUGGUCCCUGGGCAUCAUCCUCUACAUCAUGGUGAACAAGGCGAUGCCCUUCGACGACACCAACGUCAAGAGGUUGAACGAACAGCAGCUGAACCGCCGAUGGAAGUUCCGGCCCAAGGUCGUGGACGCGCUCUCCGAGCAAAUCAAAUCGCUGGUCGUGCACCUCCUCGAACCGGAAAUAACGAAGCGGUACCGCAUCGAGGACAUUUUGAAUUCGGAUUGGAUAUCGAUGGAUCCGCGCCUGAAGAUGAUGAGCCAGGCGGAGGAGGCGGCGUUGGCGCAAGCGCAAAUCGACAGGAGGCAUUAUAUCGAACAGUUGAGCAAGAAGGUUCACGAAAAGAAACUGUCCCAAAACGAAGAUAUCAAAAUAUUCAAAACGAACGAAUUGGAAGAGGAUAAGAAGACGACGAGCAGCGCGUCCGCUUUAACUUGA